GCCUUCCCGCCCCAGCACACACCUCCCCUCCUCUCCUCAGCGGAGCUCAGGUGCCCGGGCGAGGUGCUCCACUCCUCCCCCUGGGCCGAGCGCUGAGGAGAAUCACCGCCCCCUUCCCCCGCCUUUUCCUGCCCUGGAUCUCCGCCGCCACCUCCGUCUCGCUGCGCCCCGGCGGGGGUGAGGACGAGGCCGGAGUCUCUGGGGUUUGGCGUUGUUGUCAGCCUCCGGGAGAGAGAUUGGACAAAUAUUCUCCAAGAGGAGGAGGGUGACGCCAAGGACUUUCCUGCUUUUGGGGUUCCUCCUCAAGUUGGAACAGAGACCCCUUUUGGUUUAGCGUUUGCGUGUGUCGUGCCUCCUCUCAGUGCCGCGACUGCUGGCCCAGGGUGACUCUGACUUGUCCUUCCUUGUGAACUAGUAAUGGCUAGUGAAGACAAUCGUGCCCCUUCCCGGCCACCAACAGGUGAUGACGGGGGAGGUGGAGGGAAAGAAGAAACCCCUACGGAAGGGGGUGCGCUGUCUCUGAAGCCGGGGCUCCCCAUCAGGGGCAUCAGAAUGAAAUUCGCCGUGCUCACCGGGUUGGUUGAAGUUGGAGAAGUGUCCAAUAGGGAUAUUGUAGAAACGGUCUUUAACCUGCUGGUAGGAGGACAGUUUGAUUUGGAGAUGAACUUCAUUAUCCAAGAAGCUGAGAGUAUCACAUGCAUGGUGGAGUUACUGGAGAAGUGUGACAUUACUUGCCAAGCGGAAGUCUGGAGCAUGUUUACAGCCAUUCUGAAGAAGAGCAUACGAAACCUUCAAGUCUGCACAGAAGUAGGCCUUGUGGAAAAAGUACUUGGGAAAAUCGAGAAAGUUGACAGCAUGAUUGCAGAUCUUCUUGUUGACAUGUUGGGAGUGCUGGCCAGCUAUAAUUUGACAGUUAGAGAACUCAAGCUUUUCUUCAGUAAACUUCAAGGAGACAAAGGACAAUGGCCUCCGCAUGCUGGGAAACUGCUGUCUGUGUUAAAGCACAUGCCUCAGAAGUACGCUCCUGAUGCCUUUUUCAACUUUCCAGGGAAGAGUGCUGCAGCUAUUGCAUUACCUCCUAUAGCCAGAUGGCCUUACCAGAAUGGUUUUACAUUUCACACCUGGCUUAGAAUGGAUCCUGUAAAUAAUAUUAAUGUUGACAAGGAUAAACCAUAUUUGUAUUGUUUCAGAACCAGCAAAGGUCUUGGCUAUUCUGCUCAUUUUGUUGGAGGCUGUUUGAUUAUAACCUCGAUAAAGUCAAAAGGAAAAGGCUUUCAACAUUGUGUGAAAUUUGAUUUCAAGCCACAAAAGUGGUACAUGGUAACUAUUGUACACAUUUACAAUCGGUGGAAGAACAGUGAGCUCCGAUGUUACGUGAAUGGCGAACUCGCGUCCUACGGAGAGAUAACAUGGUUUGUCAACACCAGUGAUACCUUUGACAAAUGCUUCCUGGGCUCGUCAGAGACAGCAGAUGCGAAUCGGGUGUUCUGUGGUCAGAUGACUGCAGUUUACCUUUUCAGUGAUGCUCUGAAUGCAGCUCAGAUUUUUGCCAUCUAUCAGUUGGGCCUGGGGUACAAGGGCACAUUUAAAUUUAAAGCGGAAAGUGACCUGUUUCUUGCUGAGCACCAUAAACUGUUACUGUACGAUGGCAAGCUCUCCAGUGCCAUUGCCUUCACGUACAACGCACGAGCCACAGAUGCCCAGCUGUGCCUUGAGUCCUCUCCGAAGGACAAUCCCUCCAUCUUUGUUCACUCCCCACAUGCACUCAUGCUCCAGGAUGUAAAGGCAGUUUUAACACAUUCCAUCCAGAGUGCCAUGCAUUCAGUUGGAGGAGUACAAGUUUUGUUUCCGCUUUUUGCCCAGCUGGACUAUAGGCAGUAUUUAUCUGAUGAGGUUGAUUUGACUAUCUGUACAACCUUGCUGGCUUUUAUCAUGGAGUUGUUGAAGAACUCAGUGGCUAUGCAGGAGCAGAUGCUCGCUUGUAAGGGCUUUUUGGUGAUUGGCUAUAGCCUUGAAAAGUCUUCCAAAUCCCACGUCAGCAGAGCAGUACUUGAACUUUGCCUUGCGUUUUCAAAGUAUUUGAGCAAUCUGCAGAAUGGGAUGCCCCUCCUGAAACAACUGUGUGACCACGUUCUUCUUAACCCUGCGGUGUGGAUCCACACUCCAGCCAAGGUUCAGUUGAUGCUUUAUACUUACCUGUCCACUGAAUUCAUCGGAACAGUCAACAUAUAUAAUACUGUUCGGAGAGUUGGAACAGUGCUGCUCAUCAUGCACACACUGAAGUACUACUACUGGGCAGUGAAUCCUCAGGACCGAAGUGGUAUCACCCCCAAAGGAUUAGAUGGACCAAGACCCAAUCAGAAAGAAAUACUUUCUCUGCGAGCAUUCUUACUGAUGUUCAUUAAGCAAUUAGUGAUGAAGGACUCUGGAGUAAAGGAAGAUGAGCUACAGGCCAUUCUUAAUUACCUGCUGACUAUGCAUGAGGACGACAAUCUAAUGGAUGUCUUACAAUUGCUUGUUGCAUUAAUGGCAGAGCAUCCUAACUCCAUGACUCCUGCCUUUGACCAAAGGAAUGGGUUGCGUGUCAUCUAUAAACUUCUGGCAUCGAAAAGUGAAGGAAUCCGAGUACAGGCACUCAAGGCACUGGGCUACUUUUUAAAACACUUGGCCCCAAAGAGAAAAGCUGAAGUCAUGCUUGGGCAUGGAUUGUUCUCGCUGCUAGCUGAGAGACUCAUGCUUCAGACAAAUCUAAUCACAAUGACCAUGUAUAAUGUUCUGUUUGAGAUCCUCAUAGAGCAGAUCUGUACCCAGGUGAUCCACAAACAGCAUCCAGAUCCUGAUUCUACAGUAAAAAUACAGAACCCUCAGAUACUAAAAGUAAUUGCGACCCUACUUCGAAAUUCUCCCCAGUGCCCCGAGAGCAUGGAGGUUCGCCGAGCAUUUCUUUCUGACAUGAUUAAACUUUUUAAUAACAGUAGAGAAAACAGGAGGAGCUUGUUGCAGUGCUCUGUGUGGCAAGAAUGGAUGCUUUCUCUCUGCUAUUUUAAUCCUAAGAGUUCAGAUGAGCAAAAGAUAACAGAAAUGGUAUAUGCCAUAUUCAGGAUCCUGCUUUACCAUGCAGUCAAGUAUGAGUGGGGCGGCUGGCGAGUGUGGGUAGACACCUUAUCCAUCACACAUUCAAAGGUUACUUUUGAAAUACACAAAGAAAACCUUGCCAAUAUAUUUAGGGAAGAGCAGGGGAAAGGUGAUGAAGAAAUAGGGCCGUGUUCUGCAAGUCUGGUUCCAGAAGACACUGGUGUUACCAGGGAUGUUGAUGUUUCAGAGGGGCCUCAACACUCAGAUCGGAAGGAGUCUCUCAUCUCUCCUCAUUUCACUACAAAUAGUGAUGAGAACUCAAGUAUUGGGAAGGCAAGUUCAAUAGAUUCUGCAUCCAACAUUGAACUGCAGGCACCUGAUAUAUCUGGUUAUGAAAAAAAAGUGGAGCAAGGAAAUCAAGAGUUACUGGAUCAAGCCGCCAUGGAGGAAGCAACUACCAAUGAGGCAAAGCACGCAUGUGACUUAGAAGCAUCUUCGGAUGCAGUAGAACCAGUGACUCUUACCUCCACUUCUUCGGAACCAGGCAAAGAUACAGUGACCAUCAGUGGAGUGCGUGCUUCUGUAAGUUCUCCCUCAGAACAAGAUGCUGCGGAGAUGCCUGAAUUACUGGAAAACUCUGGAGUAGAGGAAGAAGACGGUGAUGAUGAUUAUGUGGAACUGAAGGUAGAAGGCAUAGAAGGCAGCCCUGCCGAGGAAGCUUGCCUGCCCGCAGAGCGCCAAGCUGAGGAAGCUCGCCUGCCCGCAGAGCGCCAAGCUGAGGAAGCUCGCCUGCCCGCAGAGCGCCAAGCUGAGGAAGCUCAUCUGCCCGCAGAGCGCCAAGGCGAGAGCGUGUCCGUAGCGGCCUCUGAAGGCAGAGAAGAGCUGGAAGUGUGUGGUAAUGGCUGUGAACUUCAAGAGGAAGCACCUAUUACUAAAAGUCAUAAUGAUCCUGAAACUGGAGAUUCUAAAGAGUCUGGGUUUCCAACUGUGGCCACAGCCGGGUCUUUAGCUACCUCAACAGAAGUUCCUGUUCCCCAAACAACUCUACAGCCGAACAGUGAUGAGAUGCUGGGUGGAGGGGUGAAAACUGACAUUGCUGGAGAAACUGAGUCAGUCAGUGACUGUGCUGAUGAUGUCUCUGAGGCUCCUGCCACUUUUGAGCAGAAGAUUGCAAAGCUGGAUGUUUCUAGUGUUGCUUCAGAUACUGAGAGGUUUGAAUUGAAGGCCAGUACGAGCACAGAAGCACCACAGCCUCAACGACAUGGGCUUGAGAUAUCAAGGCAGCAGGAGCAUCCAAGACAAGAAACAGCACCAGAUACAGGUGACCAACAAAGGAGGGACUCCAGGUCGACCAUGUUUCGCAUUCCUGAGUUCAAGUGGUCUCAGAUGCAUCAGCGUCUGCUCACCGAUCUUUUAUUUUCCAUAGAAACAGAUAUACAGAUGUGGAGAAGCCAUUCAACAAAGACAGUUAUGGACUUCGUGAAUAGCAGUGACAAUGUCAUCUUUGUACACAACACGAUUCAUCUCAUCUCUCAAGUGAUGGACAACAUGGUCAUGGCUUGUGGAGGAAUACUUCCACUGCUUUCAGCUGCGACCUCGGCCACGCACGAGCUGGAGAAUAUUGAGCCUACCCAAGGCCUUUCAAUAGAAGCCUCCGUAACCUUUCUUCAGAGGCUCAUUAGCCUUGUGGAUGUGCUUAUAUUUGCAAGUUCUCUUGGUUUCACUGAAAUUGAAGCUGAAAAAAAUAUGUCAUCUGGAGGAAUUCUGCGACAGUGUCUCCGAUUGGUGUGUGCAGUGGCUGUAAGGAAUUGUUUAGAGUGUCAGCAGCAUUCACAGCUGAAGGCCAGAGGAGAGGCAGCCAAAAGCUUGAAAGCAGUACCCUGCCUAGUUCCCGUGGGGAGAUCUGCAGCAAAGAGCCCAGUGGACAUUGUGACUGGCGGUAUAUCUCCAGUAAGAGAUCUUGACAGGCUCCUGCAGGACAUGGACAUUAACCGACUUCGAGCUGUUGUUUUCAGAGACAUCGAGGAUAGCAAGCAAGCACAAUUCUUAGCUUUGGCUGUUGUGUACUUUAUCUCUGUUCUGAUGGUCUCAAAGUAUAGAGACAUUUUGGAACCCCAAGAUGAAAGGCACAGUCAGUCUCUUAAGGAAGCUGGUAGUGAUAAUGGAACUGUAUCACUUCCUGAUGCAGAAAACACAACAGCAGAAUUUAGCUCUUUAACACUGUCAUCUGUGGAAGAAUCAUUGGAAGGCACCUCCUCUACUCGAAGGAGGGCCUCUGGCCUCGGGGAGGAAGCAGCUUCUGGCUUAGGAAGCAGUAUGUCUGUAGCUUCUCCAGCAGCACCUCUGGGUGUCAGCGCCGGUCCAGAUGCCAUCAGCGAGGUGCUGUGCACUCUUUCUUUGGAAGUCAAUAAAUCUCAGGAAACAAAAAAUGAUGGAGGAAACGAGUUGGAUGGGAAGGUGACACCAUCAGUUCCAGUUUCAAAAAAUGUCAACGUGAAGGACAUUCUCCGGAGCUUGGUUAACACGCCAGCAGAUGGAGUCACGGCGGAUCCGGUCCUUCUGCCCCCAGCCUGCCUCGGCGCCCUGGGAGAUCUGUCUGUUGACCCACCUGUGCACUUCAGAUCUUUUGACAGAAGUGUCAUCAUUGCAACCAAAAAAUCGUCAGUCUUACCCUCCACCCUUACUGCGAGCGCACCAAGUAAUGCUGUCAGUGUGGUUUCUUCAGUAGAUUCCACCCAAGUGCCAGAUGCAGGAGGAGAGUCACCAGGAAGUAGAUCUCCUAAUGCAAAGUUGCCCUCAGUGCCAGCGGUUGGCUCCGUCCCACAAGACCCAGUCGCACACAUGAGUAUCACAGAAAGACUCGAGCACGCCCUGGAGAAGGCAGCUCCCCUGCUCCGAGAGAUUUUCGUGGAUUUUGCACCUUUCCUUUCUCGGACACUGUUAGGUAGUCAUGGACAAGAACUGCUUAUCGAAGGAACAAGUCUGGUCUGCAUGAAGUCCAGCAGUUCAGUUGUGGAGCUGGUCAUGCUGCUGUGUUCCCAGGAGUGGCAGAAUUCUAUUCAGAAGAAUGCAGGCCUUGCGUUUAUUGAACUUGUCAAUGAAGGAAGGUUACUUAGCCAAACAAUGAAGGAUCAUUUAGUAAGAGUAGCAAAUGAGGCCGAAUUUAUCCUGAGCAGGCAGAGAGCAGAGGAUAUUCACAGACAUGCAGAAUUUGAGUCACUGUGUGCUCAGUACUCUGCAGACAAAAGAGAAGAGGAGAAGAUGUGUGAUCAUUUGAUAAGAGCAGCUAAAUACCGAGACCAUGUGACAGCAACUCAGUUAAUCCAAAAAAUUAUCAACCUUCUCACGGACAAGCAUGGAGCCUGGGGAAGCUCUGCAGUGAGUCGUCCUCGUGAGUUCUGGCGCCUUGACUACUGGGAAGAUGACUUGAGGCGCCGGCGACGAUUUGUGCGUAACCCUCUAGGAUCGACACAUCCUGAAGCGACACUAAAAACAGCCGUGGAACAUGCUGCAGAUGAAGACAUCCUUGCUAAAGGAAAACAGUCCAUCAAGAGUCAGGCUUUAGGAAAUCAGAACUCUGAAAACGAGGCCCUCCUGGAAGGCGACGACGAUACUCUGUCAUCCGUGGAUGAGAAAGAUUUAGAGAAUCUUGCCGGUCCUGUUAGCCUAAGCACACCAGCCCAGCUGGUGGCCCCCUCUGUUGUAGUAAAAGGCACUCUCUCUGUCACCUCCUCUGAACUGUAUUUUGAGGUGGAUGAAGAGGAUCCCAACUUCAAGAAAAUUGACCCAAAGAUCUUGGCAUAUACAGAAGGUCUGCAUGGAAAAUGGCUGUUCACAGAGAUAAGAUCAAUCUUUUCUCGUCGUUAUCUUUUGCAAAAUACAGCCCUGGAGAUCUUUAUGGCGAACAGAGUUGCUGUGAUGUUCAACUUCCCAGACUCUGCUACAGUAAAGAAAGUGGUGAACUAUCUACCUCGGGUUGGUGUGGGAACCAGCUUUGGAUUACCUCAGACCAGGCGUAUUUCUUUAGCCACUCCACGUCAACUAUUUAAAGCUUCAAACAUGACUCAAAGGUGGCAGCACAGAGAGAUUUCAAACUUUGAGUACUUGAUGUUUCUCAACACAAUAGCAGGGCGGAGUUAUAAUGACCUAAAUCAGUAUCCUGUGUUUCCCUGGGUCAUCACUAAUUAUGAGUCAGAAGAAUUAGAUCUUACUUUACCAAGCAAUUUCAGAGAUUUGUCUAAGCCAAUAGGAGCUUUGAAUCCCAAAAGAGCAGCAUUCUUUGCAGAGCGAUUUGAGUCAUGGGAAGAUGAUCAAGUUCCAAAGUUCCACUAUGGUACUCAUUACUCGACUGCAAGUUUUGUUCUUGCGUGGCUUCUAAGAAUAGAACCCUUUACAACUUACUUUCUAAAUCUGCAAGGAGGGAAAUUUGAUCAUGCAGACAGGACAUUCUCAUCAGUUUCCAGAGCAUGGCGAAAUAGUCAGCGUGAUACAUCUGACAUUAAGGAAUUGAUUCCUGAAUUUUAUUAUCUCCCUGAGAUGUUUGUCAACUUCAAUAAUUAUAACCUUGGAGUGAUGGAUGAUGGGACAGUGGUGUCUGAUGUUGAACUUCCUCCUUGGGCCAAAACCUCGGAAGAAUUUGUUCGCAUAAACAGAUUGGCCCUGGAGAGUGAAUUUGUUUCCUGCCAGCUUCACCAAUGGAUUGACCUUAUUUUUGGCUAUAAACAACAAGGACCAGAGGCAGUGCGAGCCCUCAACGUGUUCUAUUACCUAACCUAUGAAGGAGCUGUCAGCCUGAACUCAAUAACUGACCCUGUGCUGAGAGAGGCUGUUGAAGCUCAGAUCCGAAGUUUUGGACAGACGCCUUCACAACUGCUCAUAGAGCCCCACCCUCCCCGAGGUUCAGCCAUGCAAGCGUAUCUCCUCCUGCAGAGUCCAUUGAUGUUCACAGACCAGGCCCAGCAAGAUGUCAUCAUGGUCCUAAAGUUCCCUUCAAACUCCCCUGUCACUCAUGUUGCGGCCAACACCCAGCCGGGCCUGGCAGUGCCUGCUGUCAUCACUGUCACUGCCAACAGGCUCUUUGCCGUGAACAAGUGGCAUAGCCUUCCUGCUCACCAAGGUGCUGUGCAAGACCAGCCAUACCAGCUGCCAGUGGAAAUCGAUCCUCUCAUAGCCUGCGGCACAGGGACACACAGGAGGCAGGUAACUGACCUCCUGGACCAGAGCAUUCAGGUGCAUUCCCAGUGCUUUGUCAUCACUUCCGACAACCGCUACAUUCUCGUCUGUGGCUUCUGGGAUAAGAGUUUCCGGGUCUACUCCACAGAUACAGGAAAAUUGAUCCAAGUGGUGUUUGGCCAUUGGGAUGUCGUCACUUGCCUAGCUCGCUCUGAGUCAUACAUAGGAGGAAAUUGCUACAUUCUCUCAGGGUCACGUGAUGCAACUCUUCUUCUGUGGUACUGGAAUGGAAAAAGCAGUGGGAUUGGAGAUAACCCUGGCAGUGAAACUACCACUCCUCGGGCCAUUCUCACAGGCCAUGACUAUGAGAUCACCUGUGCUGUUGUCUGUGCUGAGCUGGGCCUGGUGUUAAGUGGUUCCCAAGAAGGGCCAUGUCUCAUACAUUCCAUGAAUGGAGACUUGUUAAGGACUUUGGAGGGUCCUGAAAAUUGCCUGAAACCAAAACUCAUUCAAGCAUCGAGAGAGGGUCACUGUGUCAUCUUUUAUGAAAAUGGCUGCUUCUGCACCUUCAGUGUGAAUGGGAAGCUGCAGGCCACCGUGGAGACGGAUGAUCAUAUAAGGGCCAUACAGCUGAGCCGAGAUGGGCAGUACCUGCUCACAGGAGGAGACAACGGAGUGGUGAUCGUGCGGCAGGUAUCUGACCUCAAGCAGCUCUUUGCCUACCCAGGCUGUGAUGCUGGAAUCCGGGCCAUGGCCCUUUCUUUUGACCAGAGGUGCAUCAUUUCUGGCAUGGCCUCAGGAAGCAUUGUGCUGUUUUACAACGACUUUAACCGCUGGCACCAUGAGUACCAAACCCGCUACUGAUGGUGACAAAUGCACGGUGGUCCCGGUUCGGGCUGGGCAAGGACGGACUUCAAACAUCAUUCUAUAGAAAUAGCUCUCACAUCUGAAUGUAACUUAAAUUUGCUUGAACAAGCAAAAUAUUUUUUAAAGUUAAUUGCUAUUUUUGUAGACUUUGCUUGACAUUUGGGGUGGGGAACAGCAAAGCAGAAAACUGGCUGCUGCUUUCUGUAGUUUAAAAAAAAAUCUAUAUUUUUAGUCAUAAUGAAAAGUCUAUUUUCACCGAUUAUGGACACAGACAGUGGAACUAAUACUCCCACUGAUUCUUGCUAUGUGUGAAAGACCAUUUCCCACUUAUCUGUAAUCUUGAGAAAUAUGAUUUUAGCAAUAGGGAAAUGGGUUCAAAUACUGGGACAGGGGAAUUUAUUCUGUACUGGGUCCUGUAUUUUUCUAGACAAUUGUUCUUCAGUGCUGACAUUUCUAGGGUUUUAAUAGUAAUGUUUAAAUUAUGACAUGUAAUUUAAAGCAUCUCAAUGAAUUAUUUCUAAAUUAUUCUUCAAGCAUGUGUUAGACCUAGAAAAUUAUGGUUUGGGGAGGCUACUUUAUUCUCGCGUGUGUUACAGAACAAAGACCUAAGUUACAGCAUUCAUCAGUACUCUCUUUCCCUGCUCUGUCGUCCUCGAGGCACAGGGUGAAAUGACAGAAACGCUCUGGGCUCACAGUCUCUGUAAGUACCGAAGCCUGCCCGAGCUCACCAGCGCCCUGCCAGAGGCAGAGCCAGUGGGGCUACUCCCUACGACCCCCCCCCCCGAGCCCCGAGCCCACAGCCCUGGCUCGAGACCAGAGGCGAACAAACAGGUACCAUGUAAGCAGCACCCACCUUCCCCCUAUUUGUUAUGAGACUAUCUCUACCUUGUUUUUGAUUAGUAAUUUGUACCAAGAAACAAUGUUAUUUUGGUGUCAUAUAACUCUACUUUUUCUAGUAGAUUGCUGUAUGGAAUUCUGUGAAAAUAUUUGAGCAAAGGUCUGUAUUACAUAAAUAAAUUCUUUGUAUGUUGUGAACUUGAGUGGAAA